AUGGCAUCAUUUGAGUUGGGUGUUGGUGUUGAGAAAGCUUCAUGUCAUGCCUCCAUCCUUGCCAUAGGCACCGCAACUCCUUCCAAUUGUUUGUAUCAGGCCGAUUACCCCGAGUACUAUUUUCGCGUUACCGAUAACGAGCAUAUGGUUGAUGUUAAAGCUAAAUUUGAACGCAUUUGUGAGAAAACUCAAAUAAAGAAACGAUACAUGUUUCUCACAGAAGAAUUUCUUAAAGAGAACCCAAAUCUAUGUGAAUUCAAGGCUCCAUCUUUGAAUGUUCGCCAAGAUCUGUUAGUCACCGCCAUUCCAAAGCUUGGCAARGAAGCUGCCAUCAAGGCCAUCGACGAAUGGGGACUCCCAACAUCCAACAUCACCCACCUCAUUUUCUGCACCACCUCCGGAAUCGACAUGCCCGGUGCCGACCAUCAGCUUGUGAAGCUUCUUGGUCUCUCCCCCAUGGUCAAACGCCUCAUGAUGUACCAGCAAGGCUGCUCUGGCGGAGCCAUGGUCCUUCGUCUCGCCAAAGACCUUGCUGAAAACAAUAAGGGUUCACGUGUCCUUGUUGUUUGCUCAGAAAGCAGUGCAAUCAUGUUCCGUGGACCGAAUCCGAACCACCUUGACUCACUUGUCGGCCAAUCUCUUUUCGGUGAUGGAGCUGCUGCCAUCAUCGUAGGUUCAGACCCUGAGUUCUCCAUCGAGCAUCCAUUGUUCGAGAUUGUGUCCACAACUCAAACCACCUUAGAGAACACUGAGAUGGCAUUGAAGCUGCACUUGAGGGAGGAAGGGCUCACGUUUCAUUUGCAAAAGGAUGUACCCAACAUGAUAUCGGAGAACAUAGAGGAUGUAUUGAGGCAUGCUGUGUCUCCACUGGGGAUAAGUGACUGGAACKMGCUGUUCUUGGUGGUUCAUCCAGGUGGUCGAGUCAUAUUAGACCUGUUGGAGUUGAAACUGAAGCUUAAGAAGGAGAAAUUGAGGGCGAGUAGGCACGUACUUAGUGAGUAUGGGAACAUGACCAGUGCUUGUGUCUUSUUCAUCCUUGACGAAAUAAGGAAGAAAUCCAUGGAAGAAGGAAAAAGCACCACCGGUGAGGGUUUAGAUUGGGGUGUUUUGUUUGGAUUUGGGCCUGGUUUGACGGUUGAGACGGUGGUUCUUCGUAGCCUCUCUUCUGCUACUCCGGUUGCUUUAAAAAACUGA